AUGGGCUGGGUCGGGUGUGGGAGGGCCGUGGCUUGGCAUCCAAUACAUGAGGGUUUCUUCACCAGUGGAGGAUCAGAUGGAUCAUUAUUGUUCUGGCAUGUCGGGGUGGAGAAGGAAGUUGGUGGCACAGACGUGGCACAUGAAGGCAUGAUCUGGAGCUUGGCCUGGCACCCGCUGGGACACAUCCUCUGUUCGGGGUCCAAUGACCACACCAGUAAAUUUUGGACGAGGAACAGGCCAGGAGACAAGAUGAGAGACCGAUACAACCUCAACCUCCUACCAGGAAACAUGUCAGAUGAUAUGAUUGCAGAAUACGAUGACAAUGAGCCUCUCAGUGCUCCCAACAUCCCAGGCAUGGGCAUCGCUGAGCAGCUCAAGCAAGUGCUGGAACAAGAGCAAAAAGAGAAAGUAGUGGAGGCUGAGCCGGAAGUGGCGAUCCCAGGCUUGGACUGGGGUGUGGAGGAGCUCAUUAAAGAACAGAAGAAACUCCCCACAAAGAAGAUCCCUUACUCCAAACCCAUCCCCGCGCAGUUCCAGCAGGCUUGGCAGCAGAACAAACUUCCUAUGCUCCCUGUGGGUGGCAAUGUGAAAGUUCAGCCUCCUGAAGAUAAGAAAGACAAGAUGAAGUCGCAGGCGGAGAUUCGUCAAGAGCUGACGGCACUGCAAUACACAAACCCCGCUCUAUACGAGCAACUGAAGUCUGACCGUAUUACUCAGAAACUCAUGGAACAAGUUCAAAACCAACAGCAGAAUCAAGGACUUGUCCAAAUGCAGCCCCCGCUGGGCAUGAUGCAGAAAAAUAUGCACCCUCAAGGCUUUUCCCAGGGACCCAUGCCUGGCCUACAGCAGCACUUCCCUCCCAACAUGCCCCCAGGCAUGAUGUCUGGUGGGCCCAUGGGCCAGUUCAGACCGCAAGGGCCUCCUGGGCUCAAUAUGCAGCAAGGUCCCGGCCUUGGACCGAACUGGCCUCACGGUAUGCCCGGCCACAUGGGUAAUAUGCAGGGACAAAUGGGUCUGUCUGGACCACUUGGACCCGGUGGCCCGCAAGGUCCCCGUGGGCCUCAGCAAGGGCUUGGUGGUCCAGGAAUGGGGCAGACGCCCCCAUCGGGUGGCAUGCAGGGUGGCGGGCCACCAUCUUCACUGCACAUGCAAGGGCAGCAACUGAGGCCUCAAGGAGGACCCCCAAAUGGGCCACCGUCCCAAGGCGGCCCUUCAAACAUGGCACCGUCCAUCUCAAUGCAGGGACCAAUGCCCUCGCCUAUGCCAGGCCGGGGACCCAUGCAGGGGCAGGGCCAGGGCCCCAUGCAGGGUCAGGGCCCCAUGCAGGGCCAGGGCCCCAUGCAGGGUCAGGGCCCCAUGCAGGGCCAGGGCCCCAUGCAGGGUCCCAUGCAGGGCCAGGGACUCGGCUCCAUGCAGGGUCAGGGCCCCAUGCAGGGUCAGGGCCCUAUGCAGGGUCAGGGCCCCAUGCAGGGUCAGGGCCCCAUGCAGGGUCAGGGCCCCAUGCAUGGCCCUGGCUCCAUGCAGGGCCAGGGACCUAUGCAGGGCCAGGGACCCAUGCAGGGCCAGGGCCCCAUGCAGGGUCAGGGCCCCAUGCAGGGUCAGGGCCCCAUGCAGGGUCAGGGACCUAUGAAGGGCCAGGGCCCCAUGCAGGGCCCCAUGCAGGGCCAGGGCCAGGGACCCAUGCAGGGCCCCGGCCCCAUGCAGGGCCAGGGCCCCGGCCCUAUGCAGGGCCAGGGCCCCAUGAAAGGCCAGGGCCCCAUGCAGAGUCAGGGACCAAUACAGGUCCAAGGACCCAUGCCGGGCUCCAUGCAGGGACCACAGCAGGGCCCCCAGCAUUUUGGACCCCAGUCCGGCGGAUUUCAGGGACCGCCACUCUCACCACGCAGCUCUCUGCAAGCCGGGUCCUCGGAAUUCAUCGGAACUCCUCGUGAGGGUCCGCAGCAAAAUGCCAGCGACGGACCCAGGGGGGGGCAGCUCUUUGAGCCGCCUGACGGCCAAGGAGGCCCAAAUCAGGGGCCCAAUUCAUCGCCGUUCAGUGGUCACCAAGGCCCCAGUGGACCUGGGGGACUGUCGCCUGCGAGCCUGCAGCAGCACGGACCCCCGCAAGGACAGGGGCAGGCACAUCAACGGGGACCCCCGCUGAGGCAGGGGCUCUUGGGAGAUGCCCCUCCAGGGCACUCGCAGGGAUCAUCAGGACCAGCGAGGAUUCCGACCCCAAACAGGAGCACAGCAGGUUCAGUCCGAGGUGAAGGCGGCAGACCUAUGCUGCAUCAGGAGGAAUUUGGUGGGGAUCCUGUGAAGGAAGAACCGCGAGAUUUCCAGGCCCCCUUGGAACGCAGGGGAUCCCUUGCUGAUCAGGAUGAGUUUGACAACCCCGAGUUUCGUGGGCCACCUGGCCCUGAUGACCACGGCCGGCAAAGGCACUUUGAAGAAUACGGCAUGGAGUUUGGACCAGGAAAACGAGAAUUCGAGGGAAGAAGGGAUGAGGGCUGGAAUCGUGGCCCGACGGAGGAAAACUGGCAGCAACGGCCUGGCAAUUCGGAUGAGCCCUGGAGGAGGCCACCGCCUGGUGAUGAGUUUGCACCAUUCGAGGAUGGCAACAGGAGGAGAAGGGACGGGGCUCGUGGUGGCAUGCUCGACCGACGGCGCCCUUCAGCCGACAGGGACCUGGACGACGGCCGCUUUGGCAGGCGGAGAGAAGACAGGUUUGACCCUAAGUUCCCUGGCGAUGGGUACCCGCAGCAGUUUGAGGGCGAUCGCCCUAGAGAUUUCGAACCCCGGGUCCGACGAGGCCGGGACGGAGAGCCCCUCCCGAUGGAUCAGUUUGACAAUGGCUUCCGGCGCGGAGGACGGGACAGAGAUGAUGAUUUUCCGCGUCAGUAUGAGGAUGACCAGCGAGGACUUGGGCACGGUCGCCUGCUGCCCAGAGGCGAGGAGCGGCGAGGCGAUUAUCCCGCACCCCCCGACAGCCCCUCGGGCGUCUCUCGCGAACGGCUGCCCUCGCUGCUCGCGAUGGACACGGCAUCUCUGCCGCUGCGCAAGCGACCUUGGCACGAGGGACCCGGAGGGCUCCCAGGGGAGCGGAGGGAUGGAGAAUCUGGCCUAUCGCCCCUGGACGACCGCCCACUCAGAGGCGGUGGCGGUCCCGGGCGCAUGGAUGCCCGCGACGACCCGUACCGCGGUGAGGACGAGGGCCCCCCUUCCUUCAUGGGCCCCCUCAACAGCGGGGUCGGCGGCAUGGCGUCACUCCAGAGGACCCCCAUGCAGAGAGGAGGAGGCAACGCGGACUGGGCGCACAGGCGUGGAGGAGCCCUCCGGGGGGCCGGCCGAGAGGGGAUGACAAGGGGCGGCAGAGAGGGCAUGCCGAGGGAGGGAAUGCCGAGGGAGGGAAUGCCCAGGGAGGGAAUGCCCAGGGAGGGAAUGCCCAGGGAGGGCAUGCCCAGGGAGGGCAUGCCCAGGGAGGGCAUGCCCAGGGAGGGCAUGCCCAGGGAGGGAAUGCCCAGGGAGGGAAUGCCCAGGGAGGGAAUGCCCAGGGAGGGAAUGCCCAGGGAGGGAAUGCCCAGGGAGGGCAUGCCGAGGGGUGGCGGCGGGCGAGAUGGCAUGCCCAGGGGAGGCGGCCGAGACAUUGGGCCCCGAGGGGGCGGCCGAGACGGUGGCCCAAGAGGGGGCGGCGUUGGCCGGGAUGGCGGUGGUCCGAGAGGGGGCGGUCGAGACUGCAUGGCGAGGGGCGGUGGACGAGAUAGUGGUCCAAGGGGCGGUGCCCGAGAUGGAGUUCCUGGGCGGGGAGGAAGGGGCCGCUGAUGGACAGAAGUCGGAGGACGCCCGUUUCUGUUGAUAUAUUUUUUUUGCUUUUCCAAAAACUUUUGCUGUGUCCCUCGGGAUAUUGCUGAGUUACUGGCUGAGCCAGCAAGAUUAUUUAUGCUCAAAAAGUUCAUCCGUCACUUCUGCAAAACAUGGGAGGCAUGUGCAGGUGUGUGCAUGCUUGCACACAUUCGUAUUGGUGGUGAGCUGCGUUUGCGAUGGAUAAUACUCGUUUUCUACGAUUCAGCCAUCGAUAGUUAAACACAAUAAUUGCAUUGAUUGGAUAUUUGCGAUGGUUUUGGGGCAGGGAAAAUAAAUUUUUACGAGUGAUACCAGCAUCAAGAAACUUUUAUUUUAAAUGUAGAUAAUCUGCUUUCAAUUUUUUUUUUGCAAUUAAAGCAUAUACUAGUGGAAGAAAGAGUGCUGAGAUGUUUCAGUUUGCGUUUUUUUAUUUUGUUAACCAGGCCUGUAAUUGAAGACUUGAGCAAAAUAAAGUUAUUGACCAAUAGCAUAUUGCCUACAUGCUACACAUGAACACAAGUAACUAUCUAAAAGUGUUCAUCUUAGCAUGAUGCAAUCCUCUGGUGUCAAAUAUUGCAAUCCCAUUGUUUGAAAACGUAAAUCAGCAAGUCUGGUCCCAAAUCUGGUCGAACAUUGUGUAGAAUUAUAGUUAUCCAAAAGAAAGAAACCCAUGCAAGUCUACACAAGUAUUAUCUGUACCCAUUUCCCGGCACCCCUAUCUCUGUUCACAUGACAACUGGAUAGAUAGGUUUCAUCUCCUGUUUAUGUGUUCGUAUUUUGCUAGCUUCAACUAAAAGGACCAAACUGGGCUUGUGGUGUUUCCAAACAAUGUUGAGUGAGUGAACGAGGGCAAUCUGGGAAGCCUACCUACCGUUCGCUGUUCUCGGAAUGAAUGUGUCUGCUGCAUUUAGCAGAGUACUGUUUAGCCGAAUACUUCGUGACGUAAUACUAGCUCCAUUAAAACAUAAGUAAAUAAUUCAAUAAGUUCAGAAAAUAAAACGUUUUUUUUUAGUUUAUUGUUUUUUUGUCAAAAUUUCAUGGGGCUAUGGCACCGGACUUGUUGAAUUACACCACUGUGGGGAAAAUGUGUGUAUUAAAUCGACAGGCUUUGUCUCAAUUAAAAUGUCUGUUUAUGAAGCCGUACUUAUUAAACAGCUGGUUGGUAAAUGUCAUAAUUUUUCUGUUUGCCUUUCUACUCUGAAAUGCUACAGUGCUUGUAUUCACACAAGCUGUGAACCUUUGUAUUUUUGUCUACAAUUAUGUCUCUUGAUGUUUUGUUAAAUUACUACUGAUAGCCUCUUGCUGUAUUUUUUGUGGUAGUCUGCGUGUAUAAAGCUUGCACACAUGGUGUCUUUAGUAUCAUGAGAGAAAUAUUUUGCUAUGUAAAGUUAUGCAUCUCUCACCGUGAUGCACAGUUGUCCUGAAUAAUAAUGAGAUAAUAAACAGAGAUGCACAUUUUA